AUGGCUCCUCAACAACGUUCUGAGCCGAUCGCGGUCGUAGGAACUGGCUGUCGCUUCCCCGGUGAUAUUCACAGCCCGUCCCAGCUCUGGGAAGCAAUCUGCUCCCAGAAAGACCUACUCACUCCCAUUCCUCCGUCCCGGUUCAACAGCAAGGCCUUCUAUCACACGAAUGGCGAGCGACACGGAAGCACAAACGCUGACCGAGCCUACAUGCUUGGCAAUGAUAUCAAGGCCUUCGAUGCCAACUUCUUCGGCAUCAAUCCCCGAGAAGCCGAAGCUAUCGAUCCUCAGCAGCGGAUGCUCCUCGAAACCGUUUACGAGGCGAUGGAGGACGCCGGUCUGACCAUCUCCGGAAUGAAGGGAUCAGACACCGCAGUGUAUGUUGGCCUGAUGACGGGUGACUAUCACGAAAUGCAGAUCCGCGAUCCGGAGAAUAUGCCCAUGUAUAUGGCCACUGGAACCGCUCGCAGCAUCGUUUCCAACCGGGUUUCAUACUUCUUCGACUGGAAGGGACCCUCCAUGACCAUUGACACCGCCUGUUCCUCCAGCCUUGUCGCUCUGCAUCAUGCCGUCCAAUCCCUCCGAGCUGGAGAUUGUCGCAUUGCCGUGGCAGCUGGGGCCAACCUCAUUCUUGGGCCCGAGAUGAUGAUUGCCGAGUCGAAUCUGCACAUGCUGUCACCCACUGGCCGAUCUCGAAUGUGGGAUACCGCAGCGGAUGGAUAUGCCCGCGGCGAAGGCUUUGCCGCGGUCAUGCUCAAGACAGUCUCCCAGGCCCUGGCUGACGGGGAUCCCGUGGAAUACAUUAUCCGGGAGACCGGAGUCAACCAGGAUGGACGGACACAGGGUAUCACCAUGCCCAACGCAGAGUCCCAGACAGCUCUGAUCCAGCAGGUCUACCACAGGGCCGGCCUUGACUACACGCGCCCUGAAGAUCGGUGUCAAUUCUUCGAGGCGCAUGGAACGGGGACACCCAGAGGCGACCCCAUCGAGGCGCGUGCCAUCCGAGAUGCUUUCUUCGUUGACUCCCCAACGACAGAAGAGCCGAUUUAUGUUGGGUCAGUUAAGACGGUCAUCGGCCACCUGGAGGGCUGUGCGGGCUUAGCCGGUCUACUUAAAGCAGCUGAAGCAGUGCGUCGAGCUGAAAUCCCCCCCAACAUGCAUUAUACAGCCAUGAAUCCCGAUAUUGUCCCUUUUGCACAGCAUCUUCGGGUGCCUACCAAGACCCUUCCUUGGCCGGGCCACAGCUCGGUUCGCCGGGCGAGCGUUAACUCAUUUGGUUUUGGAGGAACCAAUGCCCAUGUCAUCAUUGAGAGUUAUGAUCGCCCCGAUCCAAGCCACACUCCUUCGUUGCCCACCAUCUUACCCAUUCCGUUUACCUUCUCGGCCGCCAAAGAGACGUCGUUGGUCCGUCUGAUCACUGAGUACAUCGAUCUGAUCAAAUCCAACAACGCCCCACCUCUCCAUGAGAUAGCCGCGACUUUGGCAACCCGACGAUCCCAACACUCGAUCAGGGCCACCUUCUCUGGCAAAGACAAGGACCAGCUUCUGCACAACUUGGAGACUGCGCUCACCGCACCGUCAGUGGGAGAGCGUAAGCAGACAGCACCCAUAUCGAACCGGAUUCUGGGCGUCUUCACGGGCCAAGGCGCUCAAUGGGCAUGUAUGGGACGGGAAAUCCUUCUGGCAUCUCCAAUGGCAAGGGAGACUUUGAAGAACCUCCAGGCAUCUCUGGAUGAGCUUCCCGAUGGACCAAAAUGGACUUUAGAAUCGCAGCUGACGCAGACUGAGGACCCAUCGCUGAUCCAGGAAGCCGCGCUAUCGCAGCCCCUGUGCACCGCAGUGCAGGUGAUGCUGGUUGAUCUGCUGCGGGCCGCGCACGUCUCCUUCCACACGGUCGUAGGCCAUUCGUCUGGAGAGAUUGCCGCGGCGUAUGCGGCCGGAAUGAUCUCUGCUCGGGAUGCCAUUCGCAUUGCAUAUUACCGCGGAUUGUACGCCAAGUUCGCCCGAGGCAGAGAAGGCGGAAAAGGCGCCAUGAUGGCGGUAGGCAUCAGUUUCGACGAGGCCCAGAAGUUCACCAACGACUCCAGGUUCCAGGGCCGCAUCGCUGUCGCUGCCAGCAAUGCGCCCCGAUCCGUGACCCUCUCUGGGGAUGAAGAUGCCAUCGGCGAGGCCAAAGCUAUUUUUGAGCAACAGGAGACCUUUUGCCGCCUCCUCAAGGUCGAUACCGCGUAUCAUUCGCACCACAUGCUUCCCUGCCUCGAGCCAUAUAUUGCCUCCCUACAGGCUGCCGCGAUCACCCCCUUGAAGCCCAGCGACGAAUGUAUCUGGGUUUCAAGUGUGCACGGACGAGUAAUGACCACUGACGGGGAGAGAGAAACACUCAAGGCAAAGUACUGGGGUGACAACAUGGCCAAUACAGUGCUUUUCUCUCAGGCGGUUCAGAAAGCGACGCAGCUACAUGGCCCCUUUGCUCUCGGACUGGAAGUCGGGCCCCAUCCCGCAUUGAAGGGACCAGUCACUCAAACGACAAAGGAAGGAACCGGCCAGGUAUUGCCGUACAGUGGCACCUUGGCUCGUUUUGGACACGAUGUUGAGGCCCUCUCUGACGCACUGGGCUUUUUGUGGAAGGAGAUCGGCCCUCAUGCCGUUGAUCUUCGUGCAUACGGCGCCGCAACUUUUGAACUGUCAUUCCAGCGCAGUUGCCACCCGCAGCUACCGCGGUACCCGUGGGACCACAGCCAGCGAUUCUGGAAAGAGUCCAGGGUGUCGAGAAGAUAUCGCCAACGCCAAAGCAACAGGCACGAUCUUCUGGGCGCUCGCUGUCCUGACGAUCAUGACCAUGAAAUGCGAUGGAGGAACACCCUGCGCGUCUCUGAAGCCCCGUGGCUAUCCGGUCAUAAGGUCCAGGGGCAGAUUAUCUUCCCAGCGGCAGGGUAUCUUGUAAUGGCCAUGCAGGCUGCGCAAGAACUCGCUGCCGACGCUCCGAUUUCCAUGCUACAUCUCCUUGAUGUCAAUAUUGACCGGGCGAUUGCGCUCCCAGAGGACAAGGGGGUGGAGGUCAUGUUCCAUCUUCGGCCAGAUACUAUUACCUCCUCUAUGAUCGAGGCUAAAUUCUCGUGCUACUCGGCCACUUCGGACGAGGACGGGGCCCGGUGGCAGCGGAACGCCUCUGGAGGGGUGCAGGUCCAUCUAGGUCCAGCAGACCACAUCCAGCUUCCAUCCCCGCAGGAAGAGCCCGUCUCUCUGGUGCCUGUGAAAAUGGAGACAUUCUACGAGUCUCUAACCAAGAUCGGCUUGGAGUAUACAGGCCUCUUCCAACGACUGGAUCAAGUGAACCGUCGUGCGGGGCGGGCCACUGGUUACGCGCAGGAUAUCUCUUCCGACAGAGAAAUGCCUGUCAUGAUCCAUCCCGCGCUUCUAGAUGCCGCGUUUCAGACCAUUUUUGCUGCCUUCUGCUGGCCAGAAGACGGCAGCCUGCACGGCCCCUAUGUCCCUACCCAUCUUCGAUCUCUCAGUAUCGUACCAAUGGCCCCUUGUGACGGUCAGAAGAUGACAAUCGAAUGUACCAUCACGGAAUCACUCCCACAGACUGUCACAGCGGACGUGGACAUCUUCGCACCAAGCCACCCUCGUGUCCAGCUGGAGGGACUGACCUGCACGAUGUUGGACCCUCCAACCCCCGAGGACGACUGCGAACUGUUCGCCGAGACGGUCUGGCAGGCGGAUGCCGGGGCCGGUCUCAAUCCAGCUGACCUGGCUUCAGACCGUACCGAUGACCUGGAGCUUGUGGAUCUUUGCGAGCGGCUGUCCUACUCUUAUCUCCGUCAGCUCAAUGCCGCUAUUGACCGCAAGGAUGUGGAUUCCUUUGUCUGGCAUCACCAGCGUAUCUUCGAGUUCAUCGACUACCUCUUUCCCCUGAUAGAAAGCGGCCAGCACACCACCAUCCGUGCUGAAUGGAAAGACGAUUCCCACGAGUGGCUGCUUGCCCAGGCCCGACAGCACCCAGGCAUGGUGGAUCUGCAGCUAAUCUCCGCAGUUGGAGAACACCUCGCGGACGUGGUUCGGGGCAAAACCACCAUGCUGGAGCACAUGAUCGCCGAUGACACACUGAACCGAUUCUACAAGUACGGACUCGGCUUCCAGCGGGCCAAUACCGCUCUUAGUCGUGUAGCUGGGCAGAUCGCCCAUCGAUACCCGCGCAUGAAGAUCUUGGAAAUUGGCGCCGGCACAGGGGGCGCAACCAAGGGGAUACUGGAGCAGCUGGGCGAUGCGUUUGAGCAGUACGUGUUUACCGAUAUCUCCACGGGCUUCUUCGAGAAAGCACAGGAGCAGUUUGCAGAGUGGGCGUCGCGCAUGACGUUUCGGCCUCUUAACAUUGAAGAGGAGGUAGCCGCCCAGGGGUUCGAGGACGGUACUUUUGACCUGAUCAUCGCCUCGAAUGUGCUUCAUGCGACCAGGACACUGGAGUAUACGAUGCAGAACGUCCGCAGGCUGCUAAAACCGGGCGGCUACUUGCUUCUCCUGGAGGUAACAAGCGACAUUCUGCGGGUCAAGUUGAUGAUGGCAGGUCUUUCUGGAUGGUGGCUGGGCGCUGAUGACGGCCGACGAUAUGCCCCGACCAUCAGCGUGCCUCAAUGGCACGAUCUCUUGAUUCGUACCGGAUUCUCCGGGGUUGAUCAGAGGGUGACUGACUUCCAGGAUGUGUCCAAGCAUAUGACCUCGGUGAUGCUCUCUCAAGCAAUGGAUUCUGACGUUGCCUUGUUAAGAGAUCCCCUGGCCGAGUCUCACCCUCCGAUCACUGUGGACCGUAUCGUGCUUGUCGGAGGUCGUACCGCAACUGUACACACGCUAGCGGAGCAACUCUCGUCUCUGAUGCUGAGCUGGAGCUCUGAGUCCCCUGUCAUCGUGCCUUGUUUGGAGGACAUGGUUAGCUUCGAUAUAGGCUCUGCCGCUGCAGUUGUGUGUCUGGCUGACCUGGAGGAACCCGUGGUGUGGGGUUUGAACGAUGAACGGCUCGCUGGACUGAAGAAGCUUCUCAAUGGCUGCCGUCAGCUGCUGUGGAUCACGGCUGGAGCUCGCGAUAGCAACCCGCACGCCAACAUGAGCAUCGGGCUCGGACGGUCGUUGGUGUACGAAUACCCUCACAUCCGGAUGCAAUUCCUUGAUCUGGCCAGCGAUUGGGAAGGUCAGGCGGCACACAUUUCCACUGCCCUUGCCCGCCUUGUCUUGGCGGACAAGAUGGAGCUUCCAUCGAAGCGGACGUUGUGGAGUGUCGAGCCUGAAAUCGUGUUGCAGGAGGGCCGCUGGAUGAUCCCUCGCAUCCUACCCAACGAUCGUAUGAACCGUCGGCUCAAUGCCAGCAGAAGGAGAAUUACAGAUACCGUUUCAUUGACAAAGAGUCCCGUGGAAGUAGUCGGCGAUGGCGCAGAUGUGUGGUGUGAGAAGGCAGACCUUGCGAUGCAGAAUGAUACGCUCUUGGUUCGGACCCAGUACGCUCUUCUACACGGUCUUUCACUGACCGAAUCUGCCCGUCUAUAUCUGUCUAUUGGUAAGGUGGAGCAUUUCAAUUCAGGCAGCGAUCUUCCCACGGUCUCGACUGUCCUGGCUCUAAAUCACCGGAACUUGUCACUCUCAUGGGUCCCUCCGACCUAUGCUGUCCCCAUUGAGAGCUCCAGUGCGACGCCGGACUAUCUACUGAUUACUGCGCUGGCACUCAUGGUCAACACAGUCCUCGAUCAGGUUCCCUCGCAAGGACAUAUCCUUCUGGUGGAACCAAAUCCAGUUGUGCGGCGACUCGUUGAGAAUCGUGCGCGCAAGCAGAGCUCGUCGCUGACAGUUGUGUAUUUCUCCCCUGGACAUGAAGACGCCAUCUAUAUCCCUCGCUUGCUCCCUCAUCGUCACAUCUCCAGGCGUUUGCCCGUCGGAGUAGAUUGCGUUCUCGACUGCUGCGUUGAAAAAAGACAUCCACUGGAGGAAUUGCCGCAUCGACAACACACCAUUCGUUUGCUCGACAUCUUCCAGAACCCCUCUGCGUCCCACAGUUCAGCAGCCUUACCUUCACAAGAAGACCUGAAGAGAGCCAUGGAAGCCGCAUCAGCAUGUCUUGAAUUUCACGAAGUUCCCGUUCAGCUCAUUCCUCUGCCUGAUGUCAGUAAUGCGCGGUCGUCCGCGAAUUAUACCUCCAUUAUCGACUUCACAACCUCAUCGACUGUUCAGACGCUUGUACGGCCUAUUGACACCCACACUCUCUUCCGGUCGGACCGAUCCUAUCUGCUUGUUGGCUGCACCGGUGGACUGGGGCAAUCACUCACUCGCUGGAUGGUGCAAAAUGGCGUUCGCUACCUCAUCCUGACCAGCCGAAGCGUGAACAAAGUGAAUCGAGUAUGGUUGGACGAACUGGAGCGCAUGGGGGCGCAAGUUCAUCUAUUUGAACUGGACAUUGCAGACAAAUCGGCCCUACUAGCUAUGCAUGACCAUGUCCAGCAGCAACUGCCCCCCAUUGCCGGAGUGGCCAACGCAGCGAUGGUGCUUUCUGAUCGCCUCUUCAACGACAUGACGGUGGAGGAUCUCCAAAAGGUGCUGAAUCCCAAAGUCGCCGGUACUGCCCAUCUAGACGAGUUAUUCUCGGCUCCUACGCUGGACUUCUUUGUGCUGUUCUCCUCGCUGGCUAGCAUCGUGGGAAACCGCGGCCAGUCCAAUUACGGUGCAGCGAACUUGUUCAUGACGAGCCUGGCCGCUCAACGCAAGCAACGGGGCCUUGCGGGCUCCGUGCUCGACAUUGGUAUGGUCUUGGGCAUAGGUUACGUCUCCCAAAGCGGCAUCUACGAGUCCACGCUGCGCCGGUUCAACUACAUGCCCAUCUCGGAGCCCAAGUUCCACGUCAUGUUCACCGAGGCCAUCAUCGCCGGUCGUCCGGAGCAACAAGACGCCCCUGCCGAGAUCAUCACCGGUCUGCAUCGCAUCGCCGAGUCGGACGAGAAGGAAAAACAGGCCUUCUGGUCGGGCAAUCCACGCUUCUCCCACUAUACUCUCCGCGACAAUACAGGUUCUGAGCGGGCAGACACUGCGGUCGUCGCGCUGAGAAAACAGUUGGCUGAGGUUGAGGACAUGGCAGAGACCACGCAGGUGGUUUCGGAUGGCUUCCUGGCCAAACUCGGAAGGAUUCUCCAAGUUCCCUCGGAACAGAUCAAUCCUGCCCAGCCGCUGAUCAAUCUGGGCGUUGACUCGCUGAUGGCCGUCGAGGUACGAUCCUGGUUCCUCAAGGAAAUGGACGUGGAUGUGCCUGUCUUGCGCAUUCUCGGCGGCGCUUCACCUCUCGAGCUCUGCCAGGAGGCCGCUGGUCGCUACAUGGCCUCGCGGGCGCCUACACCCCCGCUGAUGGACUCGUCCGGGACAUCGUCCAUGAGUACAAGUCAGAUGCUCGGCUCCAGCCAGCCCAUAAGCUCAGCGACCUCUCACACGGGUCCGCUUUCGUCUGACGGGAUCAAGACCCCUCCGGAGACUGUUGACUCGAUGGAGGCUUCGUCUGUCGAGGAGGAGGAGGAGAUGGUGGUUGUGGAGAAAGAGGACUGGGAGGUGGCCGAAGUGGACCGCAUGUCGUUUUCCCAGGAGCGGCUGUGGUUCCUGAGAGUGUUCCUGAAAGAUCGCGCAACGUACAACGUGACUAUGGUGUACCGUGUGCGCGGACCUACGGCCAGUGCGUUGAGUGACGCCUUCGAUGCUGUAGUUAACCGCCAUGACGUUUUGCGGUCCGCGUACCGCGAGAACCCAGAAACUGGCCUCCCGUACCAGGCCAUUUUGCGCCAGUCUCCGUUCCGAUUGUCUCAAAGGGAAAUGGGCACGGGAGAUAGAGAGAUUGAGCAGGAAUUCCAGAGGCUCUGCCACCAUGCUUAUGAUCUUGAACACGGAGAUUCCAUGGCUGCAGUGUUGUUAUCACAUGGGCCAGUCGACCAUACCCUUCUUUUGGGCUUCCAUCACAUCGUUUUUGACGGGUUCAGUGGUCAAGUCUUUAUCAAGGAUCUGGCCGCUGCAUUGUCUGGUCACCGUCUCCCUCCUCUGCUUCAUCAGUACACUGAUUUCGCUCGCCGCCAACGGGCCCGAGUGCAGAACGAGAUGGCAGACGAUAUUGCGUAUUGGAAGCAGGCGUUUGCUACGCUGCCAGACCCUGUGCCUCUAUUCGAUUUCUGUCAGGUCACGACCCGGCAAACAUUGACCGAUUAUACGACGCAUGGAGUCCAGCGUUCGAUCCCCACGUCGACUGUGAAUACCUUCAAAAAGAUGGUGCGACAGUUCCACGCGACCCCUUUCCACGGCCACCUGGUCAUUCUGCAGCUUCUUCUCGCUCGCCUUUUGGAGCUGACUGAGGUCUGCAUCGGAAUCACGGACGCCAACCGUACAGACUCUGAUUUUCUCGGGACAAUCGGGUUUUUUGUGAAUCUUCUUCCCCUCCGCUUUGAGAUCGGGCAGCACGAGUCCGUAAAAGGGCUGCUGCAGAAUGCGCGCGACGUCACCUAUCGAGCUUUACAGCACUCCCAGGUCCCGUUUGAUGUCAUUUUGGAUGCGCUGGCGGUUCCCCGGUCCACCACGGAAAGUCCACUCUUCCAGAUUCUCAUGAACUACAAGAUGGGAUCUGCUGGCAGGGUGAAAACAGAGGGACUGGAGGCGGAGUUGCUGCAGUUUCAAGACGCCCGCAAUCCGUAUGAUCUGGUUUUCGACAUCGAGGAACAAGAUGACGGGACUACGCUCGUUGGCCUCCAGUCGCAGUCCUACCUCUACAACCAAGAAGAUCUUGGCAUGUUGCUGGAUGCCUACGUCUGCCUACUGACAUCGUGCGCCAUCAACCCCAGCUGGCCUCUCGGUAAGCAUACUCUCUACCAUGAAGAAAGGGUGAGCGCUGCACUGGAGCUGGGAACAGGACCUCGACUGGACUUGAGUGAAGUCGUGACUCUUUGUCGCCGAAUCGACGAAACUGUUGCCAUUCAGCCGGUCGAAGUGGCCGUCAAGGAUUACGAGGGCCAUUCCCUCACUUACGAACAGAUGCACAGCCAGAUUCAAUUCAUUGCAGCCACGCUGGAGGCCAGCGGAGUGCGUCCAAAAGACUAUGUCGCUGUCUUCUGCGAGCCUACCAUCCACUCGGUCUGCUAUUUGCUCGCCAUCUGGCGUCUGAAUGCCGUCUACGUUCCAUUGGAUCCUCAGAACCCGGCGGCCCGAUUGCAACUGAUUCUAGACGAUUGCCAACCGAAGGUCCUUAUCUACCACGAAGCAACCGAACAGACCGUCCGCGAGUUCCACCUGUCUGCCACUAAGCCCAUCACCUUCUCCAAUUUCACUGCUUCGGCAAUUCCCCCCGUUCCUGACCGAUCCGAGUCCUUCUCCCCCGCCUGCGCCUUGUACACUAGUGGCUCGACAGGGGUGCCCAAGGGAAUUGUCCUGACCCAUGGCAGCUUUGUCAACCAGAUCAUGGGCGUUCGGCAUCAGUUCUCCGUGGGACGCGAAACGGUCCUACAGCAAAGCUCGCUCGGAUUCGAUGUCUCCCUGGACCAGAUGCUGCAGCCCCUCGUCGGCGGCGGCACCCUGGUGGUGGCUCCUCGCCAUCUGCGUGGUGAUGCCGUGGAACUGGCCCGGUUGAUGGUGCGAGAGCAUGUCACCUACACCUACGCCACCCCGUCCGAGUACGUGGCUCUGCUCCGGUACGGCGGGGAUGUGUUACGGCAGAGCUCGUCCUGGCGAAUUGCCUUCGUUGGGGGCGAAGCGCUCCCUCCGCAUCUGAUCCGGUCCUUUUAUGCUCUUCAGCGUCCGGGCCUCCAGCUUAUUAACAGGUAUGGCCCCACAGAAAUUACGGUGUCUAGUAGCUGUCUAUCCAUCGAUACGUGUGAUCCCGCCGUUCUCCAGCUGUCGCGGGUCAGUGUGGGAUCGUCGCUGCCAAACUACGCGACCUACAUCAUGGAUGACAAGGGACGUCCUCUGCCUGUCGGAUACGUAGGGGAAAUUGUCAUCGGCGGGCCGGGGGUGGCUCAGGGCUAUCUACAGAAGGAAGAGCUCACCCGUGAACGAUUCGUGGCGGAUCCGUUUACCAAGCCGCAGCAACGCGGCUGCAUGUAUCGGACAGGAGACAAGGGUCGGUUGCUCCCGACGGGAGAAUUGAUGUAUCUGGGCCGAAUGAACGGAGAUACUCAGGUAAAACUGCGAGGCUUCCGGGUGGAACUGGAGGAUAUUGCCCAAACCAUCCUUCGCGUGUCCCAGGGGCGUCUGGCUGAUGCUGUCGUUUCUGUUCGCGGCAUCCACAAUGAGGAUGGGGAUCGACGGUUCCUGGUGGCCUUUGCUGUCCCCGCGCAGCAGAGCAAUGGUGCUGGCGAGAUUCAGCCAUUCCUUGACCAACUUGUCCACUCUCUGCCUCUGCCUCCGUACAUGAUUCCCCGGCUGAUUCUCGCUGUCGACCAUCUGCCGCGGAAUCCCAAUGGCAAGCUGGACAGACGCGCGCUGGACCAACUGCCGCUGCCUUCGCUGUCCAUCGACGCUCAUCCGCAGAAGCUCACUGCUGCACAGGAAGCGGUAAUUUGCGUGUGGAAGCGAUGUCUCGACCCCUCCAGUCUGCCUAGUUCAUGGAGCCCCGCCGCGGAUUUCUUCCAGCUGGGUGGCAACUCGCUGUUGAUGGUCCGUGUGCAAGCUCUACUGUCUGAGGCCUUUGGUCGUCAGGUUGCACUGCAUGAGCUGUUCCAGUCGAGCACCGUGCAAGGAAUGGCCGCUCCCUUCGCCCCGGAGGAGCUCGCCCACCCCACCGCUCUGAUCGACUGGGAGUCGGAGACAACACCAGGCGAACCAGAGCGACAUGCAGCCGGGUCCGUCUCACCGGCUCGGCUCCGUCCCAGCGACGGGAAGAUGGAAGUAUGUCUGACAGGAUCCACCGGGUUCUUGGGCUCCGCGCUUCUUCGCCACUUGGUCGCCGAUCCUCGCGUGUCCCGCAUCCACUGUGUGGCCGUUCGCUCCUCGGAUCCAGCUCGCCCGCGGUCUUUGGCCGUCGCCUCUGACAAGAUCGUGGUCUAUGCGGGCGAUCUGACGGCGCCUCGUCUGGGUCUCGACCCGGAUACGUGGGACGUUCUGGCGGAGCAGGUGGACGCUAUCAUCCACAACGGGGCGGAUGUGUCGUUCCUAAAGACCUAUCAUUCACUGCGCAAGGCCAAUGUCCAGUCGACGCGCGAGUUGGCUUGCCUGGCCAUGCGCCGCCGCAUCCCGCUGCAUUUCGUCUCCACGGGAGGAGUGGCCCAGCUGGCUGAAGUCGAAACCCUUGCACCGCAAUCAGUCACGCGUUUCGUACCCCCAGCCGACGGCUCCAUGGGCUACAUUGCCUCGAAAUGGGCCAGCGAGGCCUAUCUGGAGUCGUGCGCGGCACAGUUCCAGCUGCCAUGUAUCAUCCACCGACCGUCCAACAUCGUAGGCGAGGGCAUUCCCUCGACCGAUCUGAUCCACGCUAUCCUUGACUUCUCGGUUCGAGUUCAGGGCGUUCCGGCUUUGGAUAACUGGUCCGGAGCAUUUGACUUUGUGCCUGUGGAGGAUGUCGCGCUCGGGGUGUGUGGGGAGAUGGUCCGCAGUGUCGAUGCCCUAGAGCAGGGACUGGCUCCGCCGCGAUAUGUGCACCACUGCGGUGCGGAAAAGAUCCCGGUGGGUGAUAUUGGCAGCUAUCUGGAGAGAAAGCACGGCGUUACGCUUCGUGAAAUGGACGUGGACUCGUGGCUCGAUGCGGCCCGUGCGGCUGGGCUUUCGGCGGCCAUGGAGAGUCUGGUGACGGCAACAUUGACAGAGAAGGAUCAUCAUUUGCUGCCGUCGUUGUCUCGGUAG